AUGCAUCCUCAGCAGUUGGUCAUCUCCUGGUUUUCCCUCGUUUUGCUGGCGUCUCCCCUCAUGGCCAUAUGGGAACUGGAGAAAGAUGUUUAUGUUGUAGAGUUGGACUGGCACCCUGAUGCCCCCGGAGAAAUGGUGGUCCUCACCUGCCAUACCCCUGAAGAAGAUGACAUCACUUGGACCUCAGCGCAGAGCAGUGAAGUCCUAGGUUCUGGUAAAACUCUGACCAUCCAAGUCAAAGAAUUUGGAGAUGCUGGCCAGUAUACCUGCCAUAAAGGAGGCAAGGUUCUGAGCCGCUCACUCCUGUUGAUUCACAAAAAAGAAGAUGGAAUUUGGUCCACUGAUAUCUUAAAGGAACAGAAAGAAUCCAAAAAUAAGAUCUUUCUGAAAUGUGAGGCAAAGAAUUAUUCUGGACGUUUCACAUGCUGGUGGCUGACGGCAAUCAGUACUGAUUUGAAAUUCAGUGUCAAAAGUAGCAGAGGCUUCUCUGACCCCCAAGGGGUGACAUGUGGAGCAGUGACACUUUCAGCAGAGAGGGUCAGAGUGGACAACAGGGAUUAUAAGAAGUACACAGUGGAGUGUCAGGAGGGCAGUGCCUGCCCCUCUGCCGAGGAGAGCCUACCCAUCGAGGUCGUGGUGGAUGCUAUUCACAAGCUCAAGUAUGAAAACUACACCAGCAGCUUCUUCAUCAGAGACAUCAUCAAACCAGACCCACCCACAAACCUGCAGCUGAAGCCAUUGAAAAAUUCUCGGCACGUGGAGGUCAGCUGGGAAUACCCCGACACCUGGAGCACCCCACAUUCCUACUUCUCCCUGACAUUUUGCAUACAGGCCCAGGGCAAGAACAAUAGAGAAAAGAAAGAUAGACUCUGCGUGGACAAGACCUCAGCCAAGGUCGUGUGCCACAAGGAUGCCAAGAUCCGCGUGCAAGCCCGAGACCGCUACUAUAGUUCAUCCUGGAGCGACUGGGCAUCUGUGUCCUGCAGUUAGGUUCCACCCCCAGGAUGAAUCUUGG